UUGUGUGGCUCAACUCUUCAAAUUUUCGUUCUUCUCUGUUGACGUAGCAAUGUGUACAACACCAACUUGACUGGUGCAAUCCCCUCCUUUGCCAACUGCACUGACAUGGAGUAUUUGAAUCUUGAUGCUAUUGGGCUCACAGGCGUCCUUCCUCCGUGUCUUGGUGCUGCUCCCUUGAGUGACAUGGGUUACGGCCCUGGGAUCAAGUGCCCCGCAGAUGGGGGUAGCUUGGAGGUAAAGCAGACGAGCGACAGCGUGUUCUGCACUGCCUGCAACAGCUUCUGCCAGACGUGCAUCCCAGUGCCUGAGGACCAAGCCCUCCCCUCUACGGCCCUCCCUUCCGAAGCUCUCCCUUCCGAAGCUCUCCCUUCCGAAGCUCUCCCUUCUGAAGCUCUCCCUUCUGACGCUCCCGCUUCCGACGCUCUCCCCUCCAACACUCCCCCUUCCGAAGCUCCCCCUUCCGCAGCUUCCCCUUCCGAGGCUCUCCCACCGGAUAGUACAAUCCUUCCGCCACUUCCUCCCCCCACUCCUGAACCCACCAAUGGCACCGCUUCCAACAACUCAGAUACCAGUCCCAACCCCACCACCGAUACCACCAAAACAACUGCCAAUAACAACACCGCCAUCACCACCAUUGACAACUCUUCUUCUAACCCCACCAGUGUUGCUUCCUCCAGCUCUGGGCUGUCCACCGGGGCGAUUGUGGGCAUCGUGGUGGGCGUGCUGUUGCUGGUCGUUGGUGUUGUUGCCGUUGUCUUCAUCGUUAUUCAGUGCAACAACAGGACCAAAGCUGUUGAGGUGGAAUACGCCGCUCAGGAUGGAUAUGCUAGUUACCAGCCUGGUGUUGCUGCACAGGUGUAAUCCAUGUUUCAAUGCCUGCUGCACCCACAGAUUCUGCGGGCCACUUGUGAAAUCUCCCAAUCCAAUUUCCGUGAUGUGGCAUGUACAGGAAAUGCGGCUGCUACUAGAAUAUUUGGGAGGGAUUUAUGGGGUUAUUGACAAAAGUGGGAGAAACGCUUUGAAAAAGGAGUUAUAGAAUUGGAGGUAGCAGGAGCUAGCCGGGCUCUUGACUGUAAUAAUUUGACAGGUGGUGCAGGAGACUAAGGAUCUUUGUUGGAAUGGUAGACUAGUUUGACAGCGGAAGUCUUAUAGGAGUGAACCUGAGCACAUGAACUUGUGGGUAGUCGAAGGUUGAAUUACUUGAGCAC